CACCACCACCUCCCUCCCACUGGACCGUCAUGCCAUGGCAUCCCCCGGCGCAAAAAAGACAAGCCACGGGCGACACAAGGAAUCCCCAUCUCCUUGCAACGUGCAACACCAAGCUUCGUGCCACCAUCGUCGGCGCCUGCCAAAAUUGCAAUCGUGUCACCCGUUGCCCGUCUCUUCGACCUGGCAGCUCCCUGCGGCAUGCGGCUCAUUGAGAGUUGAUAGCGGCCGCGACGAGCCAUCCUCGACUUCGAGACCAGGGCAAGCCUCCCGCCGCCGUCGAGUCGUCGGCCUCCCGCUCAUACCAGGGAGUAGGAAUGUGCCGCGCCAUCAGGUGCUCGUUUUGAGCCGUGCCUAACAAGAGCCUUCUGCACGCCAUGGCUCCGACCCUCCCCUCUGCAACUACAGCUUCACGCAUAGCGCGGUCCCCCGAUGUCGACACGGUGCCAGACGCCGAGCAGACCGCCAAUGGCAACGGCGCGGCCGAAGAUGCGUCUCCUCGGUCACAUAUCGCGGAGACUGGUGCAGAGACAACGGUGGCAGCUGCUCUCGUCGACAGGAGUUCCUCUACAUCUACUCAAGCUCCAACACUCACUCCUGUGAAUGUCUCCGCUCUGCCCUCGGCACCCAGGGCUGCUCCUGGUUCGAGGCGCAAAAGCAAAACGCCUAUACAAGAUGCUUCGGGCGCCGUUCGCGUUCAUGUCGACGGCCGGGUCAAGAAUCCGAUUCCCAGCAGACUCCAGCAUAUCGCCAAGAAAGACAGCGGCAACUUCUCCAUCAUGCACAUUGGUGUCUCCGGCACCAUGUCCGAAGACCCGGAUGCUGCUGCACGACGCACCAGUGAGAGGACUGCAGCACAAGCCAGGCAGGCGAGCCAAGGGGGCUGGCAGCCGCCCAAACGCUCACGCGCGGCCUGGCACACUGACGGCCCCGACAUUACCAACUCGAGGCUCUCCUGGCAAACUCCAGCGCCGGAUGCGACGCCGACACCGCGACCACAGCAGCAGCCUCUCUUCACCGGCCUGCCGCCUCAGGAGGCCAAGUCGGAGCAGGCGCGGCUGCUUACCCUGCUUCGAACCCUGCAUCCGCUGCUGGUGGUGGACCAGCUGUGCAAGGCUCUGGCGUAUUUUGGCGGGAUUCCUGGCGCUCCGCCUCCCGCGGACGGUGUGUUUCCCCAGAGCGCGACUAAGAACGGGUCCGGUUCGCUUCUCGUGGGCUGGAUCUCCGAAAUCUUCCCUCACGUUGAAAACCCGGGUUCGAUCGCGCCGCCGCUACAACUCCCGCCCCGGUCAUCCGCACCCGACGCGCCAAACUGGGGCAAUGUGGUGCCUUCUGGCGCAACUCCGGGCAAGAGACCCCGGGGCCGACCCAAAGGCAGCAAAAGCUCAAAGGCCCGCAAAGACAAAGGAAUCAAAAAGUCUCGCCCAGCUGCCAUCCAGAGCGCCGGCGGUCCGCAGCCCGCUGCAGGAGGUGAUCGUGAUGAGAUCAUCGACGCUACCUUGACCACUACUGCGGCAGGCGCCGCGCCAGAACAGCUUCAGCCCGUGGUUAUCCAUGCGGAAACAUCCGCGCCGAAUCUCCCGGCAAGCAGCCUCGACCCGGAUUCGAGCACCUUGAGUACUCCCAGUGGGAAGAAGAGGGGCAGGCCUAAGGGGUCCAAGAACCGUCCCAAGAAUAAGCCUGAUGCUCCGCAGGAACCCUCCGAUCAGCAAAGCGCGGAACCGCCCGCCCCAGCAAACCGAGACACCAAUACAGCGCCGCCAACAUCUGGCGCUGACCCAAGUCUCUCCGCUCUGUCCAGCGGAGGGAUUGGCUCAGGCUCAGCUCCGGCGAAUUCGGCCUCUAAUAACGGUGCAUUGCGGCCAGACCCAUCUAGCACCAGGGCUACUGUGUCGUUCGUCCCCGGCUCACAGAUCCAGAGCCAGCCACACCUUCACCAUGCUCAACCGCCCGUACCGUCAGAAAUGCCGCCUCAAACUGGCGAUUCAAGAGGGACAAAGAAGCGAGCAGCAGAGAGUAACGAUCAAGUGUCGACUGCAGCGAAGGGUCACCAAAAUGAGCCAUCAGAAAAGCCAGAAAAGCCAGAAAAGGCGCCGAAGCCGAAGAGAAGGCGCGUGACGAAAGAUGUAGAAUCCAGCUUGGCAAUAGGAGUGGCGCAAGCGACGGAGCCAGACAUGGGAACCACGCGACCUGUGUCUCAGAGCUUCACCAACGAAUCAACGACGCAGCCAACGUCGAGAAGCCUCGAUUCCCAAGACUCCAUUGAUGACGGCCAGCCCAUCCUGAGGGCGGGGCCGAGCUUAGGAAGCCCCCAGAAUCAUCCGCCUCAACGCCAGCGCCAGCACCAACAGAUCCAGAAGCAGCAAUUUGCCCCUCAGAAACCAAAUGUAUCACCAACUCUGACGGGAACCGAGCGGCGUGCUCGUCCUCCCAUUCAAACCCCGUCCCCACAGACAAGAGAUACAACCACGGCCUUGUACGGGCUGCAAGCUCAUUCGGGUAUGUCGCCGCAAAUGCUCUAUGCUCAACAACAGCGCGAGGAACACCUGCGGCAGCCGCAGCAACAGCAACAGCAUCAUCAGCAACCACAAAAACCGCAGCAGCCCCAGACGACAGCUCCUCAUCGCACAAACGCAAACAUGGCUCACGAGAAAACCACGGACCGCCAUCCGCAGUACCGACAAAACAUGGCGGCACAAGCUUCCUUUGGCUCCGCGGUGCCUGGCAGCUCUCAGCAACGUAACAUGGGAGCUGGUCGAGGCCAACGACAAGGCCCACCCCAGCAACCAGUAGUCCGACAGCCGCAUGGAGUGGCCAACCAGAACCGACCGCAGCUCCAGCAGCAGCUCGGCGAGAUGAACUCAUUUGCUUCGUAUGGGGAACAGAGCUUCCUCAACAUGGACUAUGGGCUUACGGAGCGGGAUCUCCAAGAUGCCGAGGCCGUCAUGGGACGCCAUGACGGGUGAGCUGCUCGCUGCCUGUCCGAGACGGAGCUACCGCACCGUCCCCCCCUUUGUUUUAUCUUGUUGAUACCCCCGCCGUUCUCAUGAUGUAUCAUUGCUACAAUGUCAUGGCGUCGAAGGUCGUUUUCCAUCUCAAUGUAUUUGUUUGCUUUAUACGCCCGCCUGUUCUAUUUUGUCUACCUUGGCGUUCGGGACACGGCCAUAGCGAGGACUAUAAUGCGCCAUGAGGCGCUUCAUCACUAUUACACGGCUGACAAUGUAUGAGCGCGCGGAGAGUUGGGGCAUAAGGCUCUAUUCGGUUUUAGGUGAUAAGUCAAUUAUUACUUUGUGCGUCGAAC